AGACAGCCGCAUUCACGCUCGAGCCACGAGGGCAUCCUCGCCCUGGUGCAUGGGUCGAGCCCGGCAAGCAAUCAGACGAACGUGAAUUAACAAGAUCACUCCGCUCCACCCCGGAACGUCCGACCUGCACGUCGCCAGCAGCAGUCACGAGUGUGAUCCGCUUACCGGUUGUUGCCGUACAUGCGUACCGCCUACGCGAUCGAGGGGUUCGCGCUUGCUUCUUGCAUGAGCAGCUAGCCGUGCUCCAUCUCACAUCCCAUCCGCUACUCGAGUUCCACUUUCUUCUGAACAACAACAACGUCAUUCUCGUCCAACGACCUUUCCCCUCGUCGCGCUUACCCGUUGCCUCGGCAGCUCCCACUCAUCUCGCACCUACCACCUCUAGCUGCCCUUUCUCGCCCUCAUACCAGAGCGGCUCAGCAGAACUCCUGUUCACAGCGCUCGCAUUCAAGACUACUUUCGGCUUCUUGCGCUCCUCUUGAGGAAGGGAAAAAUGUCUAAGAAAGGCGAGGUCAACAACAAGCCCAAGGUGGCUCCGUCCACGCACUUGAUUGCGGGUGGGAUUGCCGGUUUUGCGGAAGCAUGCACAUGUCAUCCUCUCGACACGAUCAAGGUCCGCAUGCAACUCUCGCGCAGGGGCAAGAUCUCUGGUCAAAAGCCACGAGGUUUUAUUGCUACUGGUGCUUAUAUCGUGCAGAGGGAAACGCCUCUUGGCCUUUACAAAGGCCUUGGAGCUGUCGUCGCUGGUAUUGUGCCCAAGAUGGCCAUUCGAUUCAUGAGCUUCGAGUACUACAAAGCUUACUUUGCGGAUCGUGUGACUGGCAAGACUAGCCCUUCUGGCGUCUUCUUGGCUGGUCUCGGAGCCGGAACUACAGAAGCCGUGGUGGUCGUGAAUCCGAUGGAAGUUGUCAAGAUUCGUCUCCAAGCUCAGCAACAUUCUUUGGCCGACCCUCUCGAGGUUCCUCGAUACCGAAAUGCGGCCCAUGCUUUGUACACCAUUGUGCGAGAAGAAGGCAUCACAACUCUGUACCGCGGAGUCGCUCUCACUGCUGCUCGUCAAGCUACCAACCAAGCUGCAAACUUCACUGCUUACCAGGAGCUGAAAGCUCUGGCCCAGAGAGUGCAGGGUGUCGACGAACUCCCUAGCAUUCAGACUGGUACGAUCGGACUUAUCUCCGGAGCCCUCGGUCCAUUCUCCAACGCCCCCAUCGAUACCAUCAAGACACGUAUUCAGCGUGCUUCUCGUGUAGAAGGAGAGACUGCAAUCAGUCGAGUGGUCAAGGUUGCUGGAGAGAUGUUCAAGCAAGAAGGACCUGCCGCCUUUUGGAAAGGUAUCACGCCUCGCGUUGCUCGUGUCGCGCCAGGCCAAGCCGUCGUCUUCACGAUCUACGAGAAAGUCAAGGGGUACAUCGAGGCAGCGAAAGCGGGUGAAUUCAAUGUUCGCGAUCACGACAACAGCUCGUAGAAGACAGGAGAAUCAGAACACGAGCUGCAGAAUCUUGUGGAGAGAAUCGCAUCGCCAUGGUGUUGUCGAGGACUCCGAUGAUUGCGGCUGUGCGGCAGCAGACGAAAGCGAGAGCGGUGCUGGUGCUUAUUUCGUGUAUCUCGCAUACAAAUCUAAUAUCAACGUAUUCUCGAUG